AUAAACUCUUGUCGAUCUCAUCGUCUACUAUCUCCUCGCGCGAUUAGAGUAGACCGCGUGCAUUCGGCGGCUCUAUCACCUGCUUGAACUGGUGCAGUCGUUGGUUGUAGUGUAAUUUCCGUAGGUCAACUUAGUGUCAACCCACCAAUACCGGCUGGAUGACGCGUGCGGUAGUUCCGAUAUUUUUGGGGUGACCUUUAAGGCAACUGGUGUCUAAGUAAAGAUCCUAGCAUACAACAGAGGCGUGUCAUGGGCUUGGUUGCACGAGUUUAGUUGCCAUCUCAUGGCAAGUCGAUGACUGUAGGCUUGUAACGUUCGGACGGUCAUCUAGGCAUCGGCGGCGGGUAGACGGAUCUUAAGGAAUGUGAAAUAAUAACAGGUAUAUAUACAGGUAUGUGCGUCCCUUCAACUCAUCUAAUACCCUUUCCCAUACCAGUCUUCUUCUGUUCGGUAGUUAGAGCCUCAAGUCAAGCCACAUAUCAAACAUGGUAUCUUCCACGCUGACUCUGGCAUCCUUGGCCAGCAUUCUCCCCUCCGCCCUCGCGGGAUUCAACGGCGGUUCUCAGAGCAAUGUUGCUGUAUAUUGGGGUCAAAACUCUUUCGGCCAAGCAAGCUCCCAGCAACGCUUAGCUGAAUACUGUUCAAACGAUGAGAUCAAUAUCAUCCCGAUAUCUUUCAUGAACGGCAUCAAGACCCCGAUCACAAACUUUGCUAACGCUGGAGACAACUGCACGGCAUAUGCAGGUACCCAACUCUUAAACUGCCCGCAGCUGGAAGAGGACAUCAAGACAUGCCAGUCUCAGGGAAAGACUAUCCUCCUGUCCAUCGGGGGAGCGACAUACACUGAAGGUGGUUUCUCAGACUCCUCGUCAGCUGAGAGCGCAGCCCAGUCUGUCUGGGAUCUGUUCGGUUCAGAUACGAGCAAGCCUAACAGACCAUUCCUCUCUGCCGUCGUCGAUGGUUUCGAUUUCGACUUCGAAUCUACGACUCAGAACUUCGUGCCAUUCGCUUCCAAGCUGCGUUCGCUCAUGGAUGCUGAUGGUAGCAAGACGUACUACCUCUCGGCGGCACCUCAAUGCCCGUACCCGGACGUCGCGAUGAACGACAUGCUGAAUGGCGCGAUUUCGUUCGAUUUCAUUAUGAUCCAAUUCUACAACAACUACUGCGGUGUUUCCUCCUUUACACCGGGAUCCACGACCCAGAACAACUUCAACUUCCAAACUUGGGACGACUGGGCUAAGAACACUAGCAAAAACAAGGACGUGAAAGUCCUCAUUGGUGUCCCAGCUAACACGGGAGCUGGUAGUGGUUACCAACCCGCCUCAGCAUUGGACCCAAUCAUCCAGUACUCGAAGCAAUUCUCGAGCUUCGGCGGUGUGAUGAUGUGGGAUAUGUCACAGCUUUACCAGAACCCGGGAUUCCUCGACUCCGUCUAUGCCUCGCUCUCCGGAUCUGGGGCCGCCAAGGCUAAGGCAAAGGCUCCUACGACCUUGACCAAGGCUACACCCACCCCUGUCGUUUAAAUAAGUUGUGCCAAGAGUAAGAUUCUCGCGAUCUAAACGUGGAUUAACCGCCGGUCAUUGUGGAUUAGGUACUAGGUAGUGUGACAGCAUAGGGCUGGCUGCAUCGUUCGUUAAAUUUGCCUUUUUGGAAAUUCGUGCAUAUAGUUAUCGCUUCGUAUGAUGUAUAUAGUCUUAUAGCUUGAAGCUUGUAUAUAGGUAUACAUGAUAUAAAUGGUAUAUAUUUGGUGGGCUAAACUCGCC